AUGCAGUGGAAGCUGCAGGAAAGCCGGUGUCGUCGUGGCGAUCAGCAGCCGCUCUCGCGAUCACCAGCAGUGACGCCAGCCGCCCUCGCAAAGUCGGACCCCACUGCCGCUGCGAAUGCCACAUCUUCUGAGCAGCCCUGUAGUGUGAUAUGCAACUCUCUUCGCAACGACGUUAUUUCUCUCUACACUCAGGUGCGCCAGUCACUACCGUCUACGCUGGAUGGCUCUGAAAGCGACGACGACAUGGGGGGUGCGCAGGCACCGACCCCGUCAGCGCAGCCCGUAGUGUCCGCAGGAGAGCCAUCCGCACUGGCAGGCAUUCAGGAAGUGUUCGUGCGCACCCCGGAGGAGCAGGAGCGUGACGAGCUAGUCGCCCGCGCCCGGGAUGAGUUUUUGAGCCAGGUGCAGGCACUGCAGUCUGUUUACUACGACAAGUACCGCCGCUGGAUGGAUGUGCCGGCAAGCGUCUUGGACCCCCCUCCUGUGUCGAGCAAGAAACCUGCAAGCACAAACGGCGCUGUUGUCGCGUCGGAGAGCACGACACAGCAUGGCGACUCGGAGAGUGAGUGGGCGGCGUUGCUGAAGGACCUCGGUGCGGCAGCACCACACCCGCUACGUUCCAUGGCGCAAGCGGAUCGCGUCAACAGUAGCGACGUCGCUGAUCGCACAGAGAGGCCCCACACUGUCGCCUCCAUCUUCCGUCAGGUGAAGCUGCGCCGCCCUUUGCGCCCCUCUGCCGUGUCGGAUGACGUACUGGAGAGCAUGUACCGCGCACGAGCUGAAGCUCUGGAAACCCCAAAGAGCUGGAGCAGCGCUAGUGGUUUGCGCAGCUCCGCCCCUGGAGCUUCCACCUCCAUGGCUCCGUCGUUCACUGGUGCUUCUGCUGAUACAACAGUCGCGGAAGCUGCGGCCUUGGCGCCAUUGUCAUCACAGCCCUCACCAUCAGUGGCCGCUAUUCGCAAGGACACGGCGCCGCCAGUGAGCCGCCGCGGCCGCUGGCAGAUUGUCGAGUAUGAUGAGGGCGAUGAUGCUGAAGCGUAG